AAGUGAGAAAUAUGUGUAUAAAAAAAAGAGUUGAUUGGUUAUUUGGUUUAUAAAACCUGUAAAUAGUGGUAUAGCUCAGAAACAAAACAAGCAUGGAGACCUUGAUGCCUUAUUUUGUUGCUGUCCUUGUUCCUCUGUGUCUUUAUCUGUUGUCGUUGAUUUGCAGAAAGGGGUGCGGCCGUCUGCCUCCGGGCUCCGUGGGUUGGCCGAUCCUCGGAGAAAAUGUGGAGUUCGCCCUGUUAGGGCAUCAGAGAUUAGUUAAAGAGCGGAUGCAGAAAUAUUCGGGAGACGCUUUCAAAACAUCGUUGUUCGGAGAGAAACUGGUUGUGUUAUGUGGCGCAGGCGGCAACAAGUUCAUAUUAAUGAACGAGAAGAAGCUCUUUUCGCCCUGGUUUCCUGUGUCACUGAGCAAGGUGAUCUUCCCGGACUUCAACCACGUGAAGCAUCAGGAGCCGGAGGCCACGUUCCACAACUUCCAGCACGACGUCCUCAAGGCGGAGGCCCUGAGGCAGUACGUCCCCGUGAUGGACAAGCUGGCGCGUGAGCAUCUCCGCCACGGCUGGAUGCGUAACUCGGUGGUGAAGGCGGGCCCCGCCACGAAGAAAUACACCUUCGAGCUGGCCUGCAGGUUGUUCAUGGACGUGGUGGAUCCAGAGCGGCUGGACAAGUUGCUGGGGCCCUUCUCUCUCAUGACUGAUGGGCUUGUCUCCCUGCCGGUAAACCUUCCUGGGACGGACUUCAACCGCGCGUUGAAGGGUGGCAGGGUGGUGCGCGCAGAGCUGCUGAGGAUCGUGGAGGAGCGCAGGAAGGAGCUGGAGGUGACGAGCGAGGGACGAGGUGACGUCAUGUCCAAGAUGCUGCUGGCCUCUAUGAGUCAUACCAAGGUUGCUAACAUUCUUGCUGGUUUGCUUGUUGCUGCCCUCUAUGAAGUUUCAUCUGCAAUCGUUAUUGUCACUCACUAUCUUUCCCAGCUUCCUCACAUUUACGACUUGGUUUUCAAAGAGCAAAUGGAGAUUGCAACAUCGAAAGGCGGUGAUGAGUUGCUGACGGAGAGGGAUGUAGAGAAGAUGAAGUACACUUGGAACGUCGUGCUCGAAUCCUUCAGGAUAACGCCUCCUACACUCGGAACAUUUAGAGAAACAAUAACUGAAUUCAGUUUUGCAGGUUUCACCAUUCCUAAAGGAUGGAAGAUAAUGUGGACGCCUCAUUCCUCGCACUAUAAUCCAGACUACUUUCCAGAGCCAGACAAGUUUGAUCCAUCGCGGUUUGAGGGGAGUGGGCCGAAGCCUUACACAUUCGUCCCGUUCGGAGGAGGAGCAAGAAUGUGUCCCGGGAGAGGCUAUGCUAAGCUUGUAAUAUUGGUGUUCAUCCACAACUUGGUGACCACCUUCAGAUUUGAUAAGGUCUUUCCUUCUGAGAAAAUGUUGUUCAAUCAUAAUUCGCCUGCACCGGCUCAUGGACUUCCUAUUCGCCUCCAUCCUCAUCAAAAAUAAAUCUAUACUGCUUGUCAUGUAAAACUACUGAAGAUCUAUUAUUCAAAUAAAAAAUAAAUGAAAAUGAGUCCAUUCAUAUUUCA